AUGGCAUCCACUGGCAUGAACAUCUCACUGGGUUCGAAAGUCGCCAUCAUCACCGGAGCAGCCAGCGGCUUCGGAAAAGCCAUUGCCAAAGCGUUUCUGCAUGCUGGCGCAAAAGUGGUCGCUUGCGACAUCAAUGCCUCCAUGUUGGAGGAAUGCCACAAGGAGUUGUCCCCUUUGGGAGCACUCCACAUGGUUGUGGCCGACAUAUCACUCCACGACUCGGCGCCGAAUUUGGUAAAGGAAGCUGUGGACCACUAUGGCAAGUUGGACAUUCUGGUCAAUAAUGCCGGGAUCAUGGACCGCUUCGAUCCCAUUGGCGACAUCGAUAUAGACUUCUGGGACUGCGUAAUCACCACCAACCUCACAGCCCCGGCAAGAAUGUCUAAAUACGCAGUACAGGAGUUUUUGCGCCACGGGGAAGCAGCGGGCACCACGGCCGCGGGCAGCAAUCGAGGCGUGAUUAUGAACGUCGGCUCGAUCAAUGGCUUCAGGGGUGGGUGUGGUGGUGUGGCGUACGUAUCCGCGAAACAUGCUCUGGUGGGCUUGACCCGCAACACAGCGUCAUCCUAUUCGAGUAAGGGUAUUCGAUGCAACAUCAUCAUGCCAGGCGCCAUGAAGACCAACAUUCGCGUUGCUUACAAGGAUGGAUUCAACGAAGAGGGCGGUGCGAUCUGCCAAAAACUGGCCGAAGUGAAUCCGGGUGAGGUUAAUCUUGAUCGGUUGGGAAAGCUGGUGGCUUUUGCUUGCUCUGAUGAUACCGACUAUCUGAACGGAGCCAUCAUCAGCGCCGACCAUGGAUGGCAGGCCAUUUGA